AUGAGCGAAGCCCCUCAUGCAGACCCAAGCACAAGGGGCUUCACUACAUUAUCAUUCUGCGGGUGCUUGGAACUUCCUGAACCGGUAUUUAAUGCUGACAAUAAUGCGGUUCUCAAGAUGAGUCCGGUAACACCUACCAAGUACUCGUUCGACGGAUACAAUGUGGUUUUCAAUACGAGUCCCAUCACACCUACUGACUACUCAGCUUGUGAUUAUCACGGCUCAGAAACUCCUAUUCAGUUCUCUCUUGCAGAUAGACCGAUUUGGUCGAUCUUUCCAGCAACUGGGCCAUUCGUCUUACCAUUUGAUGUUCAGAAAUUGUUAGUUCUUUGGCUUUCAGCUGGUAUUCUAGUAACGCUUGUCGGCAAUGCGAACAUACCUCUCCUGAAGAUGAGCGAAACCUGCCAGGAUAUCAUCAGCCUGGUCUGUACUCAUACACAGGUGAAGAAGAUCCCCGAUAUCGCUAUUGUAGCAAGGAAAGAGGGCGAAGAGCCAUGUCCGAAUCCACUCACAACAAAAAACGGCGGGUCUGAAUCUCAGUGCUCUUAUGCCACAACUUAG